AUGACGCUCUUUCUGGUGCCAUGGCCCAUGGCACUGGGCAGGAACGACGUGCGACCCGAGCUCUCCGUCCGCGUUUGCCUGGCGAUCCAGCCGGGCGGGAUGAGGCUGGCUGCCUGCUGCCUUGGGGAGGGAGCUGUUUUUACUGACAAACCCUCGGAGUUGCCUCUGUGGUUCUCAUCUCCUCAUGCAACGUUGGAUAUACCUGGCCAUGGACUCAAGCUCUCAACCGUCUUUUGUGGCAGCAAUGCGCCUCACCUGUAUCGCAUCGCACCCACCGAUGAGACGGCUCACGAUGCGGCUUUCCCUCCAGGGAGGCUUGGGAGGGGGCAAACACGGCGUUGCAGUUACUCAGCUGCCAGUUUGCUGGGUGCAGUUUGCGUGCCCGUUGUCAUUGUCGUCAUCCACAGUCAGCCCCAAGUUGGUUGCUAG